AAAAAACGAUGGUUCAUGGGAUUUCACAACGCAGCUUUUUUAAAAGCGGGGAAAGGGGAGCGACGAAGCGUCCUCCGUUCUCGUUCUCUCUCAUCAAUCAAUCCUUACUGCUCAAUUCUUAACAUCCUUCUCUAUUAACUGCUAAUUAAUCCGUAUCUUAAUCAAAUCUCCAAAACCAAAUACAGAACCCUUCUCUUUCUCUCUCUUUGUAACUGAUUAUAAAUAGCUGUAGCUAAGCCAUGCUGCCAGAUGAAUCGAGGGCCAUUGUUCAGGUUCAACCAUCGCAGACAGUUGCCGGCGACGAGGCUACUUCGCUCCAGAGUCAACACCUUUCCUCCUGCCGCCGUUAAUAUGCUGCCUGAAUCGGCUGUUCCUCGCGUUGUACUGGUCUUUGCUGUCGUGUUUGUAUCCUGUUUGCUUCUGUAUGGUGCUGCAGAUUCUCUUCGUUUCCUCUCUUUUCCCUCUGGCUCCUCCGUUUCUUUCCCUUACAUUUUCCCUUCUCUCCUGGAUAACGAUUCUGUUCCUGUAAGUGAUGAGCAAAAGCUUGAAAAAGUAUUGAAAGAUGCAGCCAUGGAAGGUAGAACUGUUAUUUUGACCACUUUAAACGAAGCAUGGGCAGCGCCAAAUUCGAUUAUUGAUCUCUUCCUAGGGAGCUUUAGAAUAGGGGAACACACUCGUAGGCUUUUGAACCACUUGGUGAUUGUUGCAUUGGAUGAGAAAGCAUAUUUGCGUUGUAAGGAAGUGCAUUCUCAUUGCUUUGCUCUUGUCACUGAGGGAAUUGAUUUUCACAAGGAAGCCUACUUUAUGACCCCUGCCUAUUUAAAGAUGAUGUGGAGAAGGAUUGACUUCUUGCGUUCUGUUCUUGAAAUGGGGUAUAAUUUUGUUUUUACGGAUGCUGAUAUCAUGUGGUUCAGAGACCCAUUUCCACGGUUUUAUACAGAUGCAGAUUUCCAGAUUGCAUGUGAUCAUUUCACAGGCAGCUCUGUUAAUCUAGAGAACAGACCUAAUGGUGGCUUCAACUAUGUGAAGUCCAAUAAUAGGUCAAUAGAGUUUUACAAGUUCUGGUACUCUUCACAGGAGACUUAUCCUGGUUAUCAUGAUCAGGAUGUUCUUAAUUUUAUCAAGUUUGAUACUUUUGUUGAGGAUAUUGGAUUGAAGAUGAGAUUCUUGGACACUGCAUACUUUGGUGGAUUCUGUGAACCCAGCAAAGAUCUAAGUUUAGUUUGUACAAUGCAUGCAAAUUGCUGUUACGGGUUGGAUAGCAAGCUUCAUGACCUUAGAAUUAUGCUUCAAGAUUGGAAAGAUUUUUUAUCUUUACCACCAAGUUUGAAAAAUUCUUCUGUUGUAUCAUGGAGGGUCCCACAGAACUGCAGUCUUCAUUCCCUCCAUCAUUAUAGUGAGUCUCCAGAAACGAGUUUUCAAGAAGGAUCACAACAAUGAGUUUAUUUGAUAUGAAUUGGAGUGGUGGAACUUUGACCCCUGCAACCAAAAUGAGAAGAUGUUUUCUUGGAAGUAGAAGUUCAUGAGGAUUUUAGAAGCUCUGACAAAGUUACAUAUAAUUCAGAUUUAGCUGUCAAUCUGAAUGGUGAAAGAGGGAAGCAGAAGGAAUUUAUUUUUGGCUUCCCCUCAACUUUUAGUCUCAAACAAAUGAAAUACUGUUUCUACUUGCACCCUCUGUCGUUAUUGAGCCUAACAUGUAUAAAUAUUUUGCAUUAAUCACUCAAGAAUACCCUUUUUUUUUUCUCAAUUCCACUUUAGUUAAUAUGGGCCGUCUUUCAUUUUUGUAUUGUCUACUUGUCUUGAAAACGUUGUUAGUUGACAUCUUUGCUAAAGCCUUGUAAUUGGAUUAUGUGCUCACUUUUUAAAGCA